AUAUACAUGGAGGAAUACAUGAUCUAGGAAUGUGCUGCAGACCUCAGAAGCCAUUUUGAGAUGAUGUCCCUGUUGAGAAAGCCUAUGAAGAUGCUGAAAUCAACGAACAUGGUUACAUUUCUGUCUGUUUCUCCCUCCGUCUCCUCUAUUUCACCAUGGCAGCUGUCAACCGACGGGACAUUAGCAAAGCGGGGUAUCAAGCUGUGCUCACAGAGUUAAAACGUCAUUGAUAUGAAAGAGGACAGUGUCUGUUUAUUGUCUCUGUCGAGACAUGAAACACCGUGAGUUUUUUCCAGUCUGAAAAUCUUCCAGCAUCUCUCACAACACACCGUCUCCUUGAGUGACUGAGUUAAUUCACUCGUGUAGCCUGCCGGAGAGAAAGGAGGCAGAUCCGUUUUCCAAUGGCUUCUGUGAGCCUUGUUUCCAGUCCCCCAGUCCCUGUUCUUGACAAAAACAUGACAGACUCUGAGCUUGCAGGGGAUGAAAGAGAGGAUGGCGAACUGGAAGACGGAGAAAUAGAUGAUGAAGGAAUUGGGAUUGAAGAGGAAAAUAAAGAGGUUGCUGAGGUUAAUGAAGACAAAGAGAAGGAAAAAGAGAAAGAAAAAGUUAAAGAGAAAGAAGAGAAGACCCACAGGCACUCCAGGAAAAGAUACAAAAAGACCAAAGAGAAGAGGAGGUCCAAAAGGAGGAGGCGUGACAGACAGAAACACCACUCCCCUUCCAGCAGCUCCAGCUCCGAUAGUUAUGACUCAGACUACGACCGAUCAGAAAGGCCCAAAAACCGGAAAACCCAGGGAUCAGAUGGCCAGUCCUCUCAGCAUGGACGGGAUUCAAAGGGAGGCCAUGGUAACUCCCAGAAGUCCCCGCCUCCAAAGAGCAGUGAUUUCGACAAAUACAGCGACUACAGUGAUGACAAGUAUGAUUAUGACGAAGAGGAGGAUGAUUACGAAGAUGACAUGUCGGAGUACCCGCAAUCAAAGGAUUCAGGUCCGCAGGGUCGGGGAAGGGGACGACAAUCCAAAGACCAGAUGAAGAGAGGAAGCAUGAGGGGGAUGAAACAACAGCAGUUUGGGCAGAGAGGAAGGGGCCGAGGCAGUGGGCCGGGGAGAGGACGUGGGAUGCUCUUCAAGAACAAGAAGCUGAAGGGCAAACCCUGGGGAGGACGUGGACGAGGACGAGGAGGAGACCAGGGCAUGGAAGACAUGGUCCCAGAAGGAAAAAAUUCCUCCGGUUUUCAGAAGAAACGGCCAAUUAUGAGCAAAGAGUUUAUCAAUCAGCACACAGUCGAGCACAACGGGAGAAACAUCUGCAAGUAUUUCCUGGAGGGUCGCUGCAUCAAGGGUGAACAGUGCAAGUUCGAACAUGAACUCGUUGUACCAGAUAAGAAAAAGGAACUUUGUAAAUUUUACCUUCAAGGAUACUGCAGUAAAGGAGAUAAUUGCAUUUACAUGCACAAUGAAUACCCCUGCAAGUUCUUUCAUACUGGAGCCAAAUGUUAUCAAGGGGACAACUGCAAAUUCUCCCACGAUGCUUUGAACGAUGUGACCAAAGACUUGCUUGACAAGAUAAUCAACACUGAGGAGGAGAACGCCCGCGAGGACGAGCUGGAGCUGGAGGAUCUGAGAAAGCAGGGUAUUGCUCCACUUCCGAAGCCCCCCCCUGGGGUGGGGCUGCUGCCCACUCCUGGUCAGAGCAGUCCCUCAGACGGAGCCUCGGGACAGGCGGGGAAGAAGAUCCCCUCCCUCUUUGAAAUCAAUGUUCAACCUACUGUAGACUUGGCACAGAAAAUUGGUCUAAGUGGAUCCAACUUUUCCCAGAAUCAAGGUGAAGGCAGCGAUCAGUUCAGUGGCGGCUCAGAGGACGCGCAGACUGCAGGCAUGGUGCCUUCAGGGCCCUCCACUCCUCCUAUUCCUCCUCCUGAAUCUCCUGUCGCUAUGGGUCAUCUCACUGGACCACCCAUGCCACAGAGCCCCCCUGGACUGCACCCACCCCACGGCUUUCCAAUGCCGCCUCCGAUCCCCCCUGGUCAACCCCCACCCUUUUAUGUAAACAGACCUCCAAUGAACAUGCAGAGGCCUCCUCCGUUCCCUCCAGAUCUACAGAUGCUGCAGAAUCUCUUCCCGUUUCCACCUAUGGGUCAGAACCCAGUAGAUUUCUUCAGCAACUUCCUCGGAAACCAGGCUCCACAGGGAGUUGACCCUGGUCUGGCCUUCAUGCAGAACCUCCAGCAGAACAUGGGUGCAGAGUCACAGUUGAAUUCUUUGCCACCAGCAGUACAGAAGGCCAUCCUUUUACACCUGACACAACAACAGUCUCUUCCACAGGGAAAUGAGCCACAGAGAGCGGAGGGCCCAGAUGAUGACAAUGCAAACAGAGAUGAAACUACAAACUGGUACUCAAGCGAUGAAGAGGAUGGGAGCUGUGUUUCCUCCAUUCUCAAAUGUCUCAAAAAGCAGAAUGAGAAGCAGCAGUCUCAGUCGAAGCCCCCCCAGGCUGCCCCAGUGGGUGACCCUCGGCUUGUUAAAGAGAGGGCCCCACCCAGUGACCCCCGUGUGAAGACAGACCCCCGACAGCGACCCCCGGAUACGAAAAAGGAGUCGGACGGAGCUGCAGACCCCCGGUUUUCCAGAGACCCCAGGAAGAUUCGACCGAUGGAGCCGAGUUCCUUUCGGCAGCAGGGCCACCCCGGUUCUAAGAAGCCCCCUGCAGGGGAUGAGGAUGAUGAAGGAGAGCGGGAGCCCAGGGACAAAGCUGUCCUCAUCCCUCUAGAUGCCGGCCCCGAGGUGCUGCUGCGGGACCCUCGCUGCCAGUUAAAGCAGUUCAGCCACAUCCGAGUGGACAUCCUGCUCCAGAGGCCUUCCUUCGCUCAGACCGUAGUAUGGGCCCCUGAGGACCUCAUCCCUUCUCUGGUACCCAAACAGGAACACUCAAUCAACCUGCCCCUCCCACCCCUCAUUGCAGAUGCUCAGAUGAACCGAACAAGCUUGUCUGACACUCCCCCCGUCUCCAGCCCUCCAGCCAUUGACCCCAGACUGGUAGCAGCACGUUUAAAAGAGCGUAUGAGUCGAUUACCCUCCGGAUCUCUAGAGUCCCGACCCCCCCCAGAAAGACCCAUAGAUCCACGUCAGCAGAAGACUCUGGAUCCCAGACUCAAGCGUACAGUUAGCCUGGACUCGAAGCUGAUGGGUCAGAAGGUGCCCUCCUCUGGGGGGGGAGUUGUGGACCCCAGGCUACAGAAGGCCAGUGUUAGCUCCACUCCUCAUACUGUCCAAGCAAAGCCAGAGCCUGAGAAGCUGCCACCUUAUGCCCCACAUCUGGCUUCCUCUGGUGGGGGGCUAGAGAGUCCCACUACUAUCCUCGGGGGCAUCAGUCUGUACGAUCCUCGUAAUCAAAGCGAGACAGCCCAGAAGGAGCCGACAGAGCCUCCCAAAAAGACGUCCAUCCUGAAACUCCCAGCCAAGAAAGACGUUUCUCCGCCACUCUCCCCAACUCAAAGAAGUGGCUCUUUGGAAGAGACAAAAAGUACAGACGCAGCCUCAGAUCAGCCUCCACCUCCCAGUCCUGCCGCAGUGCCUCCUGCCUCACCGGUCAAACCCCCUGCGGUUCAUAACCUCCCCAUCCAGGCCCUGGCCGGGCUCAUCCGGCCCUCGUACACUGACCCUAGGCCGGCCAAACCUGGAGGACAAGGCUCAGCAGGAGCACAAGAAGAAGCGGAGGAAAAGAAGGAGCAGGGGGAGGUCAAGGAGGAGGAACCAAAGCAGGAGGGCCCAGAGGAGGAGGCAGAUGACAGGACACUCAAAGAUGUGUUCAAGACUUUUGAUCCCACUGCUUCCCCUUUCUGUCAGUAAACACCCCGGGGUGGAAAUAUGUAAAAGCAGCAGAAGAUUUGUAUUUUGAUGAAAAUAUCUAUUAAUCGUUUUGGAAACACAUGAAUCUAUUUAUUUCUGUAUAUAAAUGAUCCUGUAUAAAACACAUACUAUCUAGUGCGCCACACAUCAGUGUGGAGAUGAUGCUAUCUAAUGUGCACAGACACAGUUCAACAUAAUCUUAUUAAUGCAGAAAUGUGUGUUUUGAAAGUGUGUAUGUUACGGUUUUUUAUCAUUGUGUUUUUUCCAUGUAAGUUUUAAACAGUUUUUAAAAAGUGUGUCCAUUUUUCACUAAGGAUUGACGCAUAUCUUUCCAGGCAUUACACAUUGUAGAUAAGAUCAUGAACUCACUCUACAGGCAAACGGUUAUACUAACUAAUCCAUCAAACAAUAAUUCUAGGAAUUCCCUUGUGAGCGUUUGUAUUUCCUUAUUUAUUUGAAGGCUCUUUUAUAAAAUUAUACCUUACUUUUAUGAUAAGGGAUUUAUUCACCACAAGUUAACAGAUCUAGUUUUUUAUUAUUUACUUUGUUUUCAUAUAAAGUGGCCUAAAUGCUUUGAGGAUGUCAAGUUACUGAUGUAGGCUUGUCUAAUUUGCUUAACUGAGAGUUGUUGAGUAAAUAAUAUUGUUUACUUCAUUUGUCAUUAGUCAAAAACAUGCACUGCUCACAAACUUGUAUGGUAAAUAGCAAACUGUCUUUCACUUGUUUUUAUCAGAACAAAAAAGAAAUUCUAAAAAAAAAUAUUGGACCCAUUUCAUUGAUAGAUCGAUAAAUAUGACCUUUAUAACUAUAUUUCAUAGUUGAAUUUUGUUGGAGUUGACACGAUAAACUCACGUGGGGUUAUCUGUCGUACAAAGGGUGAAUGUUGAGGCUGAAGGCGGCAUAAUGCUCUGCAGUUUAUAUUAUUUUACAUUUCUGUGUCUGUUAAGGUGAGCCUUGUAUGACUGAAACUAAACUAUGUCCUUUUUUCUAAUUAUCAUUUUCAUACUUCACAUUGUAAAUCCCUUUUUGUAUCACAUGUACAGUCUUUUUUUGAGCGUUUUAAUGAAUAAUGCUUCAUUUUCCGUUUUGUGGUGAUGGUUGUGAUAAUACUGUAAGACAUUUUAACAACACAUGCCUGUCACAUUUUAGUGAUUUUAUUAUGAUAACUGAAAUAAACAGAUAAGACAUAAGGUAUUUUA